CAAUCGAUCGAAUCGGAAUCGGGCUACGAUCCGAUCGAUUUGCUGAGUUGAUUUCAUCAUGGACGAAGUUUGGUUUCAGUUUUUUCCCACCAAAAUUUCCUUCUGAUUGAUUUUGUAUCCUUUUAAAAUGACACUAGUAUUCCUAGAACAACUACCUCUUCCAUCUCUCAAGACAUACGUAACUGUGAGUUUCCUCCUCUUCGUGUCGUCGUGUUUAUACGCGAUAAACACGAUAUGGAACUCAAACGAAGUCAAUACAGAAGACCUCAAGGAGAAACCAGAAACUACGAUAUACGACUUUAUGACAGCUGAUAAUUUUUGUUUCUGGUCAAAUUUGAAUAUGGCCUAUUGCUGUCUGUUUAUAUUCGGCAAAAUUAUACAAAGAGUUGUCUUUGGUGACUUAAGAGAAGCAGAACUCCAGCAAAUUCAAGACAGGUUUUGGAAUUUUGUUUUCUACAAGUUUAUCUUUAUAUUUGGUGUUCUGAAUGUCCAAAAAGUAGAUGAAGUGAUGUGGUGGACAGCCUGGUUCACUUUGCUGGGGUUUUUCCAAAUAUUUUCUCAGCUUUGCAAGAACAGGUUUGAAUAUUUGUCCUUCUCUCCAACUACCUCACCUGGAACCCAUGGCAAGAUCAUUGGUCUUUUGAUUGUUUUGYUGAUGUGUUGCAAUGGAUUGUUUUUUCUGUCUUUAUUCAUUGGUUGGCCUGAUGGAAUUCACACCUUCACAUUCAUGUUGGCAGAGUGUCUGCUGCUUUUUAUCAAAAUCGUUCAUGUUGGAAUAAGGUAUGGAAUUCACCUUUGGGAAAUUGGUCAUGUUGGUACAUGGGAAGGACGAGCUACAUGGUGUUACUACACGGACCUGUUACUGGAUCUGGGAACUUACUCAGUUGACUUGGUUCACCAUCUUCACAUGCUGCUGUGGUCUAAUAUAUUCCUGAGUAUGGCCAGCCUUGUUCUGUGUAUGCAGCUUCGUCAUCUGUUUUAUGAAAUCAAGAAAAGGCUUGCUAGACACAGGAACUUUAUUCGUAUCCUAAAGUGCAUGGAAAAGAAGUUUCCCACAGCAACAAAUGAAGAACUCGUCCUAAACAAUGAUGACUGUGCCAUUUGUUGGGACACGAUGGAGGUGGCAAGGAAGCUACCCUGUGGUCAUAUCUUUCACAGUUCCUGCCUUCGUUCUUGGUUAGAGAAUGAUACUUCUUGUCCCACAUGUCGCCAGUCAUUAGCAGAUGAUCUUCAGCCUGAGAACAACCAAGAAAAUGAACAGCCAAGAGGGAUGGCUGCAUUUAUGAUGGGCCAUGCCAUCCGGAGGAAUCACUUCUUUCACUUUGAUGGAACUCAAAUUGCCAGUUGGUUUCCAAGUUUCUCUGUUGAAGUCGUCCACUCCCAUGCAAACGAAAUAAAUGCAAAUCAACAACUCCCAGAAAGCCGACUAGAACUGAUGGCACAUCAGGUGCAAGACUUGUUUCCUCGUGUCCCAUUCAACAUCAUCAUUGAAGACCUGCGACAAACACACUCAGUUGAACUUACAACUGAUAAUUUCCUGGAAGGGAGGAUUGCAGUGCCAUCUGUAUGGACACCUCCUGAGCAACAACCAGAAAUAGAAGCUGAGCUGUUACAAACAAUACAUACAGCUGACAGUGAUGGUUCUCAGUCAGAUGAAACAGCAGAACGGAGCGAUACAGACCACAUAAGCAUAACCAGCCCUUGGAUAAUAGAAUCUGAUGAGGAAAUGCCAUCAACAUCAAAUCAGGAUGAAAUGAUGCCAACUGCUUCAGAUGAAACACCAAAUGAAGAAAACAGAGAUAUAACAGGUGCAGGCCAAGAUGAAAGACCACCAGAUGAAACACCAAAUGAAGAAAACAMAGAUAUAACAGGUGCAGGCCAAGAUGAAAGACCACCAGAUGAAACACCAAAUGAAGAAAACAGAGAUAUAACAGGUGCCGGCCAAGAUGAAAGACCACCAAUUGCAGAAAGCAGGGAUGACAUAACAUGCACAAAACACAGUCCCUCAGAAAUGGAUUCAACCUCUUAUGAAUUACCUUCUUCAGAAUUUCAUUCUUCAUCAGAGGAGAGACAGCUUUCAUUGAUGAGAAGAAAACAAGCAUUUUUCCAGACUGCAAGAAGGAGAUUCCUCGGAAAUAAGCCAUCAUCUAGUUAGAUGCAGUAAAUAAAAUCCAAGGAAAUGUUGGAACCUUAGUGAGUCGUCAAGAAUUGAGACUAGGAAAUUCUGUCAUCAAGGCUGAAUAAGACAAAUCUCUCAGCUAAGUCAAGGACAUACAAAGUGGAGUGGAGAUUAGGUUUUUAAUACCUAAUACACAAUUUGAACAAAUGUUGUCCAACUGACAUCCCCACUUAAGCCAGUCCAACUACCUUAAUGUAACUUCUAUCUACUAGCAAGAACAAGCAAAGCAAGAGAAUAUUAGAAAAGUUUAUAAAUGGCUUUAGGACCAAUGAACAUAAUUCAAUUCAUAUUAAACAAUUAGAAUUUGUAUCUCAGGUUUUUAGUUCAGUAAUGUCGCAGCCGGUAAAAAGAGCUGUUGAAAUUGGGGUAGUUUGUGGGGAUCCAGUAAACCCCCAGAAACCUCUAGAUCUGCCCCUGAAAGUAAGUAAAUUAUUCUAAUCAUACUUAACUUACCUUGUUAAUGUUGGGCUCUCACUGUAACAUACUGUCACAUUUCAAAUUUUAUACACGAAAAAAUCCUUCCACUGGACCGUUAAAUCUUGUAGUAACAUCAAUAUUAAUGAAUGAAAUGCAAGCAGUAUUUUGAAAUAUUAGUAACGAGCUAUUGACAUGACAUUGUGCUAUAAGGAUGUCAGCAAUGUGUUUUAUAUAUGGCCCAAAUUCUGUAUUUUAAAUAGUAGAUAUAAAUUUAUUUAAUAAAAUUAGUAGACACUU